AUGAUAGGAUUAUUUGUAGUUGAAGCUAUUGUAGGAAUGCGUAAAAAUCUUUCAAAAAUAGAGUAUUAAGUCAAAUGGCUUGGUUAUUCAAAAGAAGAAAAUACAUGGUAAAUUGUAUUUUACUAAAAAAUAAUACUUUAGGGAAUUACAAGAAAAUUUAGUUUAAAAUUGUAGUGAUUUAAUCAACCAAUAUCAUUAGAAUGAAUUUUUCCAAAAAUUUAAAGGUCUUAUUACUAAUUACAGUGAGAUUAAAGGAAAUUUGAGAACUGAUAAGCCUUUUCAAAUUGUUAGAGAAUUUGAAACUCAAUUUUUAGUUAAAUUUAUUAAUUAUUUUAGAUUGCUUAUUAUCCAAGGAAAAAUUAGUUUGUUGGUUCAUCCCUAAUUAAUAAAUCAGAAGCUCCAAUAGAUCUAUUAUAAGAAUUUUAUUGUAAAUAGGAAGAAGAUAUAGGAUAACAAGAAUACAAAAAUCAAUAAAUUGGUUGUAUUUUAGAUUACUAUGAAAAAUAAUCAUAUGUUGUCUUAUUAGAAUCAAAAGAGAGAAUGUUUGUUGAUAACUAAAUAAUUAUAGAUCGUUAACCAGAAAUAAUGAUAGAUUAUCUUGAAAAUAUGAAUUGGAUUACAGGAGUGGAAGAAUGA